ACAGGCAACAAUGUUCCAAUAAUAAACGUGAUACAUUUCUAUAUUCAGCGGUCGGAAUUUUGUGCACCACUGCUCCUCUUGGCUGACGAUAUGUAUUUCAUAUUACAACAAGGCCGACCAGAGCAGAGGAUAACCAUUGAAGCUUGCGGAUUAUUUGUCUACUUUUCACAUUCUGGAGAAUUUAGAUUAAAUCUGUGUGUUGAUAUCACUAGUUUGUGACCGAGUUGAGUUAAUUCAACGGUUUAUAUUUCGCUCUACGGUUGAGACGCCGUCGUGUUUUUUUCAUCAAGAUCAAGAACACUGACUGCAUCAUCAUGUUGAAAUCGUUUUAACUGACGCGAAUGUAGAUUACAGCUGUCUGGCAUCUAUUCCAUCCACGCUCUGGCUGCCUCUGCGUUCUAUCAAUAGGGAUGCAUCUAUUGAUACUUAGUUCCAUUUGAUAGGUAAUCUGUUGCACUACUGUUGUUUCCCUAUGUUAUUGACUGCUCUUAAAACAAACAAAUGGACAGAUCCAGAAUCACGAGGGGAUCUCGAAUGUUAGUAAUCUAGCUGCUUGCAUCGUGUGUUCUAACACACUCGGCAUCUUCCAAAAUCACAGGUGUGUGUGAUGGUAGCAUUCGGUGUGUAAGGCCUGUGAGAGGAGACCCACUGCCUCCUCCCCUUCAGGAUGUCUGAACCCCAGACACCAACAUGGCCACAGGGCACAGAGUGUGUGGCCAAAUACAACUUUAAGGGCACCACAGAGCAGGACCUGCCCUUCAACAAAGGAGAUGUCUUAACCAUAAUCGUGGUGACUAAGGACUCGAAUUGGUACAAAGCCAAGAACACAGGAGGUCAAGAAGGCACCAUCCCAGCUAACUAUGUCCAGAAGAGGGAAGGGGUGAAGCAAGGGGGCAAGCUGAGUCUAAUGCCAUGGUUCCAUGGUAAGAUAACUAGGGAGCAGGCUGAGUGUCUCCUGAUCCCCCCAGAGAUGGGUCUGUACCUUGUGAGGGAGAGCACCAACUACCCUGGGGACUAUACUCUGUGUGUGAGUUGCGACGGCAAGGUGGAGCACUACCGCAUUGUCUACAAGGAGGGAAAGCUCAGCAUCGACGAGGAGGCGUUCUUCGAGAACCUCAUGCAGCUUGUUGAGCACUAUACCAAAGAUGCAGAUGGUCUCUGCACCAAACUGAUCAAGCCGAAGCUGGAGGAGGGUACUGUGGCAGCCCAGGAUGAGUUCUCCAGGAGCGGCUGGGCUCUCAACAGGAAGGAAAUCAAUAUCCACCAGUCCAUUGGGAAAGGAGAGUUUGGAGAUGUAAAGGUGGGAGACUACAGAGGGACCAAAGUAGCAGUGAAGUGUAUCAAACACGAUGCUACAGCACAGGCCUUCAUCGCUGAAGCUUCAGUCAUGACGCAACUGAGACACAAUAACCUGGUCCAGUUGCUAGGUGUCAUCGUUGAGGAGAAGGGAAGCCUGUUUAUCGUCACUGAGUACAUGGCCAAGGGCAGUCUAGUGGACUACCUACGCUCCAGAGGUCGGACAGUGCUGGGUGGGGAUUCCCUACUCAAGUUCUCAGUUGAUGUGUGUGAGGCCAUGGAGUAUCUGGAGGCCAAUAACUUUGUUCACAGAGACCUGGCAGCCCGUAAUGUUCUGGUGUCAGAUGAUAACAUCGCCAAGGUCAGCGACUUCGGCCUGACCAAGGAGGCUUCCUCUAAUCAGGACACAGCCAAACUGCCCAUCAAGUGGACCUCACCAGAGGCCCUAAGGGAAAAGAAAUUCUCCACCAAGUCAGACGUGUGGAGCUAUGGGAUCUUGCUGUGGGAGAUCUACUCCUUUGGACGAGUGCCUUACCCCAGAAUUCCUCUAAAGGACGUGGUACCACGCGUGGAGAAGGGCUACAAGAUGGAUGCCCCAGACGGUUGUCCUGAGGUGGUGUAUGAAGUCAUGAAGCAGUGCUGGACCCUGGAUCCCCUGGUGCGGCCAUGCUUUAGAGUCCUCAGGGAGAAACUGCAGCAUAUCCUAGCCAAGGAGCUCUACCUGUGAUGGAAUAGGAAGAGGAGGUGAAAGGGGAAGUGGACAAGGAUGGCUCUCCUUUCAUUGAGGGAGAAAUAGGACGGACAAGGAUUGCUUUUCUUUCAUGAUGGGACCGAAAGCCUGACAUUAUCAAGACCUCAGAGAUCCUCCUUCCUCUCUUAUAAAAAAGUUUUUGAUUGACAUUAGAUUGUGUUAAAGUUUAUUUGUUUUAUAAAUCUCAUUCUGUUGAAAUGUUGUUGCCACAUGUUGGCAUUUCCACUUUUUUUUUUACACCCCCCCACACACACACCUCAGGGUUGCCUGUAUGUCUGUUCUACAGUACAUUAGUGGUUGUAUCGGUCUGGCCGACUAGUGUGUACUCCAGUGUCAAACAAACCCACCCGGGACUGUUGUGAGGUACUAUACCCCUUUCACAAAAUCGUACCGACCAUAACCAUACCGUGCUGGCUCUGAUAUUUUCUUUUCACAUGGUCCUUUCCAGCAGUUACAUGAAAGAUGACGGAUACGUAGCCUGGCCGGUGCAGUUCGGCUUGGCUCGGCUAGUGUGAAUCAACCCCAAGUCAGGCAAUACACUUCCCGUGUCCCUGCUCUCUACCCAUACAGUGUAAGUAAGAUUGUUACCCCAGUUAAAUACGAUCUGUGCCAAAUGCCUCCAGAACACAGGGCUAUCCCCACAGAUACUUCACUCCUCCUCUACACGCUUGCCUUUUAAUUUUUUUUGUUUCUUUUAUGUUUUAUGCAUUUGUUUGUUUUUGUUACACAUCCUCCUCUCUUAUUGCCACAAGUGUUCAUCUCACAUUUAUCAAACUGGAAAGCAGAAUAAAUCCUCCACUAAAAAGUUACUGAAUUCAACAUGUCAGGACGACGUGUAACAUGACGGAGAGAUUGAGAUUGCAUGGAUACAGAGGGAAAAGAAGAAGCCAUUCUGGAGAGAUAAACUAAUGGCAAGUGUAACAGAUAAACUAAGGGCAAGUGUAUAGAAAUAAUUAAAAUGUAACAUGUACAUGUGAAAACAGUUCAGAAAUGAAAGCUGAAGGGAACCAUGCAUGUGGAACGAGAAGCCUUUUUUGUACCUUUUUAAAGUUUUUACUUUGCUGCCGUUAUGAUUAAAUCAUUCCACUUGAAAACGUUUUGAAAAAGUU